UUCCAACUUGGGCCAGGCAGAAUGGCUCCGGAAAAGAAGGGUGGCGAGAAGAAGAAGGGCCAUUCUGCCAUCAACGAGGUGGUGACCCGAGAGUAUACCAUCAACAUUCACAAACGCAUCCAUUCAGUGGGCUUCAAGAAGCGUGCUCCUCGGGCACUCAAAGAAAUUCGGAAGUUUGCCAUGAAGGAAAUGGGGACUCCAGAUGUCCGCAUUGACACCAGGCUCAAUAAAGCCGUCUGGGCCAAGGGAAUAAGGAACGUUCCAUAUCGCAUCCGAGUACGCUUGUCCAGAAAACGUAAUGAAGAUGAGGACUCACCAAACAAGCUCUAUACAUUGGUAACUUAUGUGCCUGUUACCACAUUCAAAAAUCUACAGAUGGUCAAUGUGGAUGAGAACUAACCUGAAUAUCAAAUAAAGUUGCAGUACUGCCUCU